AUGCAGGACGUCACACUCGAGGAGAAUUGGGAUCAGAGGGUGUUCCAAGAGGCGGCCAUUGCAACUUGGAAGCAUGAUGUAGUCAAAAAGGACUGGCGCAGAGCUGGCGGAAUUCGACAUGGCGACUUCACCGAUGCAAUGUUUGAAUGCUGCAUAGAAGAACUUCAGGCAAAAGCGAGGCUAUAUCAAGAGACGGGAAUUGUUUCUAUUCUUGACAUUGAAGUGCGCCUCACUCGAUCAGACAGAAUCAUAUCGUCAGACAUGCGGAGCUCUCUCCAGAUGGCUGCUCGCGACAUAGAACGAACCUCACUUCGCAAAAUCGAUUGGAGCUCAGGCAAGGAAGCCACGCUCACCCAGGACACGGAGUCGACAUCGAGCGAAAAGAAUGUGGUGGUCAACCUAAUUGACCCAGCGAUGUACCCGCUCGUUUAUGGUCGCUCUCGAGUUCUUCCCGGCAAGGAGAUCGAUCUUCAAGCCUGCCUUGACUACAUCACCCAAGGAAUCACGGUUCAAAUACCGGACAAUGACGAAAGGCAGAAAUAUGUUGACGGCACCUAUUAUACAUUGUUCUCCGGUAAAUCCCAGUGGCUUCCCUGCAACGUUGCAUUCCCAGACGGCAUCAAUGCGAAGAUCACGAGCUACGUCAACAACCUGCAUCCCAAGGACCACCGGAACUUCUAUCCUGUCUUGGAAAACAUCAUCACGAAAGUAAUGCCUAUGUGGAAUCUGGUGUACUCUACUGUCUACAAGGAAGCCAUGCAUUGCGAGAAGCGCAUCGACUGUGAUCAGGCAGGUUGGAAAUAUCCUAUUACACCUCCCUACGACCCACUCAACAUCAAAGAUGACCUAAUGAGCGGACUCAUCGAUGAUGAUGAGUGGCAACGAAGGACCAACGCAUGGCUGCGUAACUUCAGGGUUAUUGACAAACCUGAACCACGGUCCGAGGAAGAACGAGCGUACCAUACACAUGAUAGUUCUGUUACACCUGAAGCGUUAGCGAACUAUACAAGCAUGCUAGGCAAGGCGGACGGCAUUCAGGUCAUUGUCAAGAUGGCAGCAAUGCACCUGACCCCAGAAAGCCCAAUCUGUGAUCUGCGGAAUGAGUUCUGUCUGGAUGGUGCGCUGAACGAACGCAUCGUGGCCACUGCAGUCUACUUUUUCGAUGAUGAAAAUGUUACAGACUCGAGAGUAUCCUUCCAGACACGAUUUCAAGGUUUGAACUUCGAGGAAGAUUGCAGCUUUGAAACGGGGGAUCUGAGACCCCUUGACGAAAUCUUCGGCCUCAGGAACAAGACUCCGUCUCUGCAAAAAGUCGGAUUCGCGACCAUGCGAGAGGGUUUGAUGCUGGUAUACCCCAACGUUGUACAGCAGAAGGAGUCCGCCUUUCAGUUGAAGGAUUCGACUCGGCCUGGGCAUAGAAAGGUUUUGACUCUGUAUUUGGUCGACCCACAAGUCCAAAUCCUGUCAACAGCCAAUGUGCCUCCGCAACAGGCUGAUUGGUGGGCGGCAGAGUUCUCAACGAGCGAAGGACAGCUGAAGGGGCUUCCGAAGGAGGUAGUCGACAUGGUGGUCGAAAAAGUUUCAGACUUUCCGAUUCCAAAACAGGAAGCUAGACGCAUUAGAGAUGAGUUGCUGCUGGAAAGGUCGGACUUACAGAGAAAGACCCGCGAAAUCCUUAGGUCCUACAAAGUUAGUCUCGACUGGAGCGAUGAUGAUAUGGACCAUGACGGCAGCUCUGAAGGAGAGGAUAAUUGA